AUGGAAUACGCAAAACUAACAUUCUGUUUGGUGCUCUGCGCCUUUGUGCUGCUCUGUGGAGCGGAGGAGCAACAACCAGUGGCAGCUGAAUCGAUUGCAUCACUUGCGGAUCUAGCGAUUGCGGGCGAGACUUCACAGGCCGAUGGUGUCGAGGGAGCACGUAAAGCUCGCCAAUUCUUUGGACCACCACCACCACCGCCCUUCUUUGGUCCACCACCUCCACCACCACCAUUCUAUGGCGGAGGUUUCGGUGGCUUCGGUGGAGGCUAUGGCGGCUUUCAGCGCACUCGUGUCGUGACACGCACUCGUUAUCGCGGAGGUUACGGCGGAUUUGGCGGCGGUUUUUAUGGCUAAAUGAAAAGCAUUUUGUCUGUCGU